CCUAUUCCCCCAUCUUACCGGUAACCCUACCUGCCCUUAAAAUAUUCGUAAUGGCAAGAUAUGUUACACUCACCUUCUUCGGAACUCCUACCUCCACCUCUCUCUCCCUCCACCACCCCUCGCCCGACAACUCGAACUACACUCACUAGAAAAAGAAAGUCUGAUCAUGUCAACACAAUUGAGCCCACCAAUGAAUCCUUUGAUGCAACAUAUCUGCCCAAGACAGGAGCUUCAGUCUCCUUUGUGUCGGUGGUAUUGCUAGCCAGGGCUUGUCUCCCUCUCGCCUGCAUCGACACUAAUGCACAGUCAUCUCAAGGAUUCGUCUCGCACGUCCUCGAGGCCAACAUACCUUGGGUACAAGAAUGGGAGCAAAGAACACUCGUGGCGCGAAAGGCACCCAAUGGAGGCCUUCAUGCCAUUGAAAAUGUUGCACCUGGUAUUUUCACGGCGUGCCAGCUGCGACCUUGGGUGUCGGAGCAAUGGUGCAGAGAUGCUGCUGUGGGAAAAGUCGCACUAUGCACCUUGGACAAUUUGCUCCAUGUGCACAACAGAACUACUCAUGCUAGGACCUCUUCAAGCUCGAGUCUCAACCCUCUACCAACUCCCAAAAGUCCAAAGAAGCCUACCCAUCGCCGAGGGGCGCUCGCUAGACAAUCCAUUCUCAAGUCAAAAGAUCCGAUAGUUACUGAUGUCUCGUCCGAGGUCGCAGAUUCAUCAACUCUCCCUCAACAGCCCUCUCUCCCUGUCAUGACUAGCUUAGCUCCUUCGUCAAACACUGGCACAGCAGGACCUGAAAGCCAAUGUGGAUUUGAGCCUCAACUACCAAUCCACGGAGAUUCACUCGACGAGCAGUCACUUCAGCCCUCAGAUCCCGCUGUGCCUCCACAAGACCUUCUUGCACCUGAACGCCUUCGAGCCCUCUACUUCGAGCACCUGUAUACCUCCAAGACGUCCUUGGCCUUUUAUGUCAAGGGCCCACUGAGCCGAGCACGUGCUCAUUUACGAUCUUCUGGCAAUUCCUCAACUUUGAUAUUGGAGUUGGCCGACUUUUACCGCCAGUGCAUUCUUCCCACUGCAAAGAUCGAUUUGAAGUAUAAAGACUCGAUAUCAACGGUCAUCAAUCAAGCACGCAUGGACCCCGAAGGAGCUACUUUACCAAAGAAGAAAGGACCAAAAAAGAAAACCAAACUUGGGAAAGAUUGCCUCUGGCCAAGUGAGGACGAUUUCGUCCAGAAAUGGUGGUCGCUGAGAGACACAAAGUCGAACUUGCUCUCGGUAGAGGAUCACGCACCCGAACUCCGCCGACUGGUCGCCGACCUCCGGAUGAGAGAGACAAAGAUGCAACUAUUGUUGAUCCUCGAAGUCAUGCUCCUCGAUUUGGCCAUGUCCCGAUUGUCGGAGCGCCCAGUUCCCGAUGACCCAGAUAUAAAGGUUGAAAGCUUGGAGGCUGACUCAUCCAUUGUGCUGGCUAAAACACCUUUGAAGCAACCCAAAAAGAAACGCGACCUUUCGGUCGAGCUGGAGAUGAUGAUUGACCGCCUGUGCAUUUGGCAUUCAAUCAGUUUCGAAGAUGUCAUCUCCAUCGAAGGCAAGAAUGACAAUACAAAAACGAACUCGAAUGACUCUCUUCGUGAUUUCUGCAAAGACGUGCUUAUCCCGUUCUAUUCAGCAAAGUUGCCUGAGCAGAUCAAGUCUAUUUCGCGAAAACUUGCUGGUUCCGGUAUAUCACCACAACGACCUAAGCCCCAAAAGUCGUCUUCAUUGAAACAAACCAGACUCGUAACAGGGCCGCCCGCCUCGUCAAAUCCUGCUAAACCAGCAUACAAAACCAAGCGCACCUUGGAACGCGUGCUCAGUGAAGAUCAACCACAUCGCCAUCACUCGCCACCAGUGCUCUCUCGAGCAUCGACUGGUCCAAUGAUGCCAAUGAUACCCUCGCUCAAGCGUGAAGCAUCCGAACGGCCUGUGUCACGAGGUGGAUCACUAUCCAAGUCCAUGAGCUUUGGGAACCGUGAGAUCGAUCUUGCAGCUGAUUCGCAAAAUCACGAGGCCAAGCGACAAAAGCUGGACAAGUUAGCCCAGCAGAAGCGAGAAUUGGAAGAUGCAAUACAAGCGCUUAGGAAGCCCAGCCGAAGUGCUAUGGCCGGUGCAUUUAUGGACGACAUUGAGCGUCGAAAGACACAACCAACUCCACAAGUAGUCCACAUUACUGCUACACCUCGGGCUCGCCGGACGCAGCAUCAAGCACUGGACGAACCUGAGCUUCCACCCAUGCCAAAAAUGUCCGCCACCCGUGUACAAGAUUUUGUGGUGCCUUCGUCGACGAUUAAAUCACGGGUCGAAUUGUUGAAUUCAAGUAGCCUCCCUCGUGCGUCUGCGAAAAAGCGAGCGGUCCUCUCAGCCAUCCACGAAACACCCACUCGAGGGUUGGAAAGGAAGACCUCGGACCCAUUAUCUCUGGGAAUCCAUGGGGCUUUCGAGAGAACAGAGAGCGUGGCAGCAACGCCUGUAGCAAGAACGAGGUUCAGUCGUACGCUUGACGCCAGGGAGUCGACUUCUUUUGCACGUCAAGUCUCUGAAUCUGAUCACCAUCUAUCUUCAUCCCAACCACAAAGUCCAUCUCGAGGUCCCUUGAAAAUGAGUCGGUCACAACGACCAGUACUUUUCACACCGCUGAGAAGAUCCGAUGUCAGGAUUGAAGACGUGUUUCGUGAUGCGCCCGAGAUCCCCGCAAGCGCGGGCAAGGCAAUGGAUCGAGCCAUGGGUGGUGCUGGCCGAGGCGAGGAGAUAGACCUCGGUCUUGGUGCAGAGCUCAUGUCUGACGUACUCGGGGUGGACUCAUCGCCAGCGAGGAAGGUCGCUCCCCUCGCCCCAGUGGGCAACGUGGGAGCAUCGGCAAGAUCCGGCAACAAAAUUGGUGAAGCUGUCGACGAAGGCGACAUAUACGCACAGCUUGGAUGGAAUGAUGACGAUGAUUUGGAUUUGUGAUGAUUGUGCAAAUGGACUGAGGAGAAUAUUUGACCGGAGUCAGCUUCUGAUGGUCUGUACAUGAUAGAUAGGUUCAGAGUCUGGAGUAACAGAGAUGCACAUACGACAUGAUAGACACGAUUACGGACUUGUAGAGAUUAGGGUGUUGAAUGGAAACAGG